GGAGGGAAUCAGCAGUUUUUGCGCCGAUUAAGUUAGGUUAUGUUUAUUAUUGACAUGAAGAGAGAGUGCCUAAAUAAUCAUAAUUGGAUUAAACUGGUUGAAGGCACAUUAAAUAUUUAAAAAAAAAAGACAUGAAGAGAGAGACAGACCUGAUAUUUUUUAAUUAACAUAUGGUGAUCCUGUAUUUUAUGAGCUCACAUGUAUCUUUAUAUGAGUUUAUUCUUUUUAAGAAAAUUUUCCAGAAAAUUAUUAAGAAUAAAAGUUGUAUAGAAGAUAAUUUAAUCUAAAAUACAUACACACGUACGUCAUGGAUGAAAUUGAUUAUAAGUUAAAAACACAAAAUCCUACUUUGGUAUCACAUGCGAUAUCCAAAUUGAUUGAUGCGAUCAAGAAAAAAUUAGAGACAGAAGAAAAGGAUAUUUCCAAAAUAGCAGAAUUUAAAUUGCUCUCAUCUAAAUGCAACAGCAAUGAUUUUAUAGUCAGUACAUCUGCAUGCCAAGCAUUGAUUGUGCUUGUUGAAACCGGAUUAUGGGAUGUCAGAUCUGCAUUAGCAAGCUUCAUGGCAUGCCUGUCUUCCUCAAAAAAUUAUCAAGCAAUUACUAUAGCUGUGAGUCAACUAUUGAUAUUGGAUUGGAAAAUACGGGAUGAACAUAACGAAUAUACUCUUCAAGUGCCUACACAGCAUCCAUUUAUUACAAUCUUGAAUCAGGAAAAACUCAGCUGGAGAUCUGUGUUGAAUCAAAUGAAACUCAUCAUGCAUCAUUAUGAUAAACAUGCUAUGGAACAAAGCUUAACGUUAUUACGACCUGUAUUCAUGUACAUAUUGUGCAAUCCCUCCAUGGAUUUAUGCGAGAGCUGCAAACAUGAGGCAUGGCAACUUCUAAUUAAAUCUAGUAACACUUUGGAUUUACAAGCAGAAAUUUUAUUCUGGUUGUGUACAAAUCGGAUAGAUACCUGCGUCGAUGCGAAUUGUCGAGUACUUGAGUUUGCAGAAGUAACGUUGUUGAAAGGAGACAAAGAGUAUUGUACAGCUUUAAUACCUUUAAUCGCGUCCUUGACAAUACAGCUUUUGGAAUAUGGAUAUGAACCAAUGCAAAAUUUUUGUACAAUAUUGGAUCUGAUCAAACAGUCUAAUGAUUAUAUAGGAAAUAUCACAAUACCUAUGAUGGCAGAAAUAAUCUUGGUAUGCCCUGCAGCUUAUUUAUUCAGCGCUCUUCAAAUAUGUACAGUCAUCAUGGACAAGAUGCCGUGUAACAUCAUAUUAUUAAAUGCAUUAGCUGCAUCCUUAUUAAAGUGGCUGGCUUAUCCUUCACUAUUAUGUUCUGAUGCGUUAGCGGUAGCAAAAGAGUUAUUAAUCAGAAUCAUGUCACAAACACAAACAGACAAUGAUAAUAUCUCAAACAAAACGCUACUCAUGUUCAGUCAUAGCAAUAGAUACAUUCAAUUUUAUAUAGAACUCAUUCGCAGUCUGUAUUCCUUGGAAAAUGACAUCCUAUCGUGGUUGGAAAACUUAUCACUCGCACCGAUCGAUCUAAGAUACAUGUGCAAGCUUAUCUUGUGUGGAAUCUUUCUUUAUAGCAACGAACCUGGCAUUGUACAAAAAACCUGCGAUAUUCUCGUACAAAUAGCGCGGGAAAUCAACUCUUUCGCGUCACACGUUCUAUCUCUGUUGUUGCAUAAAUUAACUAAGUCUCACGACAGUUAUACCUUGAAGCAUCUGUUGCUAGCCAUUCCCGAGUGCGCUAUGUCCAAGGAGAAUUUGCCAAUUAUCAUGCACACAUUGAACACGAUGUUGAACAGCGGCAAACCGUUAAAAUACUUCGCAAUCCAGCUUUAUACAAAGGCGUUAGAGAAGGAACCGCGCUGCUACCGCUUUAUAUCCGCUGCUCUGAUGGAUACUAUGGAGACUGAUCGCAGUUGGCAUUCGGAUGUGACUUGCGCUCAGGCGAUUAAAUACAUUUGCGAGAAUCGACCCGAGCACGGCGAAGAACUUGUACCGUUGCUAUCGCAGAUCCUGAACCGAUGCGUCGAUUUGAAUGGCAGUGCUGCUAGUGCACUCGCACUCAACAGCAUUUCUGCCCUGUGCAAAUCUGCGGUGAUAGGCAUCUACUCCACUUGGAAAGUAUUAGCGCCAAAGAUGCGCAAAGAAAAACGUACUAUAGUUCUGGAGAGUCUUUGCGAGCUUUUUGCGGACAUUCCUUCGUAUCCAUUUCGCGCGAGCGAUGACUACGAUGCAUUCAUCGUUGAUAUCGUAACACAUUUAUGGAAUUACGCAAUUUGCGAAGACACGAGGAUCGCGGAAGCGGCGUUCAAAGCAUUGAGAUCUUACCAUUUGGAACGAAUUCCUUUAAGCGCUUUGCCCUCGGAUUUUCGAGCAGAUCUCGUAGUAUCUCGCGCUUAUCCCGAAAAGACGACUGAUGAAAUUGACAAGCCCGAGGAUGUGUUGUCAUAUAUACCGGGUACUUGUUGGAUUCAGAUGUUAAAAAAGGUGAACAGAAACAUUUUAUCAGCAGCCGGGGAUCUUUUAAUUUUUUACAUCGAGAACGAAUUGAGCGGCUUCAGGUCGCGAAUAUACUCUUGGCCACAAGGAGAACCAUACAAUUACAAGUAUUUGCCGGAAAGAAGCGUGAUAAGGGCUAUUGGUGAAUAUCUAAGGCGAAGUAAUAAAGCGGAUCCAAGCAGUCAGAAAAUUAUGGUGGAAUGUUUGCGCAUAUUUGCUCAUAAGUACAAAAAACCAUUACCGAACAUAAAAUGGAAUUUCUUGAAUGAAACCAUGCAGAUAUCGGAGGAAGCUAAAGAGUACAGUCUGUCCAUCGCGAGUCGUCAUUGUCAAAUCUCUGUAUCGGCGAAAUUGCUCAUAGAGGAUUUUUUAUCGAUGUACACAUCUGCAUCAGAAGCUGGUCGAUUGUUGCUAAAUGAGAAACAUUUAGUGCUUUAUUCGAAUCUCGACGAGCUGUGUCAAGCCAUUCAGCCCAAUUCCUUGAGACAAUUUCUCGAGACUUCUCUCGAGUAUAUCAUUGAAAAAAUCUCAUUCAAUGACGAAAGAUCGGUCAAUUUGUUCAAUCGCGUUGUCUCUUCGUACGCCACUGCUUUGAAAAGCAACGUGAUACUUAUAGGAAAUCGCACACUGCUGACCAGUAUGUUGGAAGAGAUAUUAAAGAAAGUCGAUUUAACAUCUAAAUAUUUCGAGAACUAUCUUACAGCCGUAAUGGAAUUAUUGGACAAAGAUAUCGAAAGAAUGACAUCACCUAGCAUCUGGUUUGAAGUAACGCCAAAAAAACUGAAGAAUGCCAUCACUGUUAGAACUGAAGUAGCAUUCAGAGAAUUCAAUUCUAUAACUCUAUUCAACUCACCAAUCACUUGGCUAAAUGAACCUAUCAAUACGGCUGCAUCUAAUUCUGAGAUGCAAAAAUAUUUCUUAGAAAAUAUACAAAGAGUGCAAACUAACUUAAGAUUAUUGAAAUCCUGUGAUCUUGAAUCCCAAAAAGAUUGGAUUUUAAGUUUUAUGAGUCACAUUGAUGCACUUGUAGUGGAAAAAUCACAUGAUAAAAACAAUAUAAUCUUUUUCUGUGACAUUUUAUUCGUCUCGAUUAUCUGUUUAUCUGGCAUGGAUUGCCUGUUGCCAAAAAAAGAAUUAUUAAUUAGUUUGCAAGAUGAGAGGAUAAGAUUGUUUCCACAGGCCAUUUCUGUGCUUAUUGACCGGCAAAUGUGGAAAUCGAUAUCUUGUCAGAUUAUGAAAUGGCUAAAUCACAUGAGGACCAGUUCUGUACCUGAUGUGUAUAUAUCUGCGUUUCAAAGCGCAUUAAUUUUAUUAAGGCAUGAAGAAGACUAUAAUUUACAGUGGACAAAUUACUUGUCAGUCAAAACUUAUAUUCCCACAUAUAAUUAAAAAAUGUAUUUACAUAAAAUAUUUUUAUAUAA